UACCGUAAAUAAUGAUAUAAGAAAAUCCGGUGAUCGUUGAAUCAUGGUAACGGUGGGUGCUUUGAGUGAGUGAGUUGAGUGGUGAGGACUGAGGAAGAGCAAUGGAGAAGGAGAAAAAGAGUGAGAGAGAGAGUGAAGAAAUGAAGAAGAAAGUGUGCAAGAGAUGCAAAGAAUCGUUCAGCCCUUCAUCAAACACUCGUUCCUCAUGCCGAUUUCAUCCUUCUUUCUUCGUCUGUCGCCGCCACGAUGACCAGAAAAGGUACUAUGAGUUGGGCCCAAAUGAUCCGCCAUAUUCCGCCAAGUUCUAUGAUUGUUGUGGGGCUGAGGAUCCUCAAGCGUCUGGCUGCACCACCAGUUCCCAUGUUUCCUAUGAUGAUGAUGAUUGAAAUUUGAAUUCACAUCUCAUCGAUUUCAAUUUCUUAAAGUUGUCAAAAUUAAAUCUCCGUCUUUAUGUAUAUGAAUUCGCAUUA